UUUGCCGAUGACGACUGGCUUGCCGCAAAUGAUCUACUCCCUUCAGAUCCUUCCGAGACUGCUCCAACUUCUCCGGAAUUAUCAGCUCGAGGAAACAAGGACCCGCUGUCUGCUGCUAAGGUCAAAUCACUGAGGUUAAAGCCGGUGACGACGAUUCGAUCCAAUGACACCUGUGAGACGGCCAUUGAGCUCAUGAGGGAUAAAGGAUUCGACCAGCUUCCUGUCCUUGGUCCCGAUGGCAAGAGGCUUGCUGGCCUCAUCACCCUCGGGAAUAUCCUCAGCUGGAUCUCUCAUGGACGCGCAACUGGGAAGACUCCUGUCUCGGAGGUCAUGUUCGAUUUCUCGAAACUGACCGAGGUGGUCACGGAUCCCCGAGACAUCCUUGCAAUCGACUCGAGCGAGAACGGAGAGCCCUCAAAGACAACAGGGCGAAGAAAACCGCGGGGCAAAAACCGCAAAUUCAUCGAGAUUACAUGGGACACUCCACUGAGCGUGCUGAAUCGAUUCUUUGAGUGGAACAGUGCCGCAGUUGUAACCGAAAGGGACAGCGAGGGCACGAUGAAGCCAGUCGCAGUGGCAACAAAGGUCGAUCUUCUCACCUGGCUGCUACACCAGAACAAAUCUUGA